AUGCUGAGAACCGCUCGAUGGACCACCGUGACGGCGUCCAGGUCCGUCAAGACCCUACACACACCGAUAUACAAUGGAUCAGAGCUGACAACUCGUCAAAACCUGCUCUCACACAUUGGGCUACUCGAAAAGAUACUUAUAUCGGCAUCCUACGAUCGAUCAAUGCUGUACUCUGGCAAAUACAAAAAAUUGCCCCAAGUCAUAUCUGGGAACGACUCAGUCAACGUCAAUUUUGUACUUAAGGAGUUUUUAACUUCGUUACAAUUGGCAGAAGCGGAAAAUUUAAACAUACAACGAGAUCCAUCGGUCAAAUUGGGUAAGAUUGGUCUUCAAUUGUUUAUGGAUUGCCAUCAGGGAAAUGUAACCGCAUUUGGCGCGUUGCUUUCAAGAGCUUUACUGGAGAGUUACAACAAGUGUCCGACCCGGGAAAUGGUGUUCGAACUGGAGACAGCUUUAAAAAAAGUUCAAACUUUUCUACGGGAAAAUAGAGUGGUCUCACAGGAGCCACGCGACAUCGACCGUUUAGUUCAUAAGAUGUGUACCCAUGAAAAGAAUGCUGCGUCCAUCAUUAGGGUGCUACGAGAGCUAGACUAUAAUCUUGUAUCCGAUGACGUGGUGCGCGUGGCGCGCGGAAAAAGGACGCAAGAUGACAUUGAAGUUUCUAAAGGUUGGAAAUUUGCUACUGGGGUCAUCGACACUAACGACGCCUAUUUGAGAUCCUUACAAGUUCAUAAAAAUAAGUUGGUUAGCAUCAGUUCUCCAAUGCUGGUUUUGGUACACGACGGUCACUUGCGUGAGGCCAAUAACAUUCUUCCAGCUUUACAUUACGCCACUAAGCAGAAAAAAAAUCUGGUCUUGGUGGUGAACGGCGAUUGCAAAGGGGACGCGCUUGCUGCCAUCACAAUACACAAUAACAAAAAUAGGCGACAGAAUGUGGAUUCGCAAGUGGUGGUACUGAAAUACUCGAGUCGCCGUGGUAAAGUUUUACAAGAAGAUUUGGAUUUCAUUACAUUUUUGAAGUUACCACACGGCAUGGGUAGCAUUUAUUCACCCACCAUUAGCGAAUUUGUGCCCAGCUCCGCCUCGGCGUCCCAAUUCUUCGGUACUCUGGAGUCCCUAAAGGCCACCACGGGUGAGGCCUUCCUUUACAAUUCCGGAAUCGAUAUUCAAAACGAUGCAUCGCGCACCACCGUGACUCUACACGUUGGGGGUCAAAGUGAAUUUGAAAUUGACCAUAGAAGAGCAGAGCUGGAUCACGUCAUUAACAAUGUACUCUGUCAUGGGUUAUCACAGGGUUGGGUACCGUCGCAAGGUGUUAGUCUAGCCAAAUGUGUCAAAGUACUAGAGAGUAGUUCCGACGCUCAUCAUUUGGGGAAUCAAGCUCUCAUUGAAAAUUUAACAGCGCCUCUAGAAAACGCUUUGCGCAAUUCCUACGGUGCUCAGAAAUAUCAAGCAUCAAGGUUGGUGACGGAGACGAUAAACGAUCUUCAAUUUACAAACGCGUAUCUUCCGGACAAGACAUCUACAAUUGAGCAUGGCAUCUUAGAGCCUUGGAAUAAACUGGACCAAACAUUGUCUGGUGUAACCUCGUUUAUAAAAUUGGUUGCCAGUUGUGAAAUUUUGGUGACGCGGUUUUUCGACAAGCCAAGGAAGGAUUAA